AGCGGCCGCUGUGACGCACUUCCGGCCUUUGUCGUUUAUCAGUCUCUGGGCUGCGGUUGUCAAGGACUCAGAGGUGGUGCGAUCCGGGCUGGGUGGCCUCUCCUCCCGCGGAUGCCCGGUGAGCUUCGGAGUCGGGCUACCGCUGAGGGCCUCCGAAAGGGCUGGUCUGUGCCCUGCGACCCCGGCCUGGGUGUGGGGAGGAGGCAGAGGGGGCUUCUUGGCCAGAGCUUGGCUGCACAGGUGAGGGGCAGAGGACUCUGCUCCGGAACCUGGAAGGGCCUUUUAACUGAAAGUCAGCGUCCUUGCCCCACCCCCACCCGCUCUCGUCUAUUCCUCAGCUCUUCAGCCACUCUGCCCUAGUACCGAUGCCCCUCUGAACUCUUCCUCUCCGCAUGUUAGGAUAACAAUAGAUGCGGAUAUCGAGGAAUGUUUGUAUUUUCCGACGUCAUCGUUGUCUACUGGAGACUUAUUCAGAACAAUGAGCAAGGAUAGUUUUAUAAUAUGCCACAGCCUCUCUCAGUCUGAUUGACAUAGUGUAAAGGCCCUUGCCAUUUCUUUAAAAAGAAUAUUUAAAUAGCACUUACUAUGUGCCAGCCAGGUACCGUUCAAAGCACUUUCCAAAUAUUAACUUAUUUACUUAUCAUAAGUCAGUGGGGUAGGCACUGUUAUUAUGUAACCUCUCCCCCGUCCCCCUUUUUUUUAACAUCCAAGAAGAAAAUGAGGUUAAGUAACUUGCCUAGGGUCAUAGAGCUGGUAAGGGAUGUAGUCAGGAUUCAAAUCCAGGCAGUCUGGCUCCAGAGUCCAUUUUCUUAAAUCCUUUGCUAUGCUGACUCUUCUUUUUCUGUAAUAGCUUUACAGCCACAACCCAGGAAGUUACUUCUUUCAUUUGAAUGUGGUCCUACCGCAUUUGGACCUCAGUAAUCCUGGGCUUCUAGUUAGGAUUUAAGAUUAGAGAGAAAUGUACACCUGAAGACAUAUAUGUCUGAGUGUGUCUGCAAACCUGAUGAAACAGCCAGUUUGUGUGUGUAGGCAUGUUUUUCCCCACCCACUCACCCAUUGGUUGUGCUUUGGGCAAUAGAAAAAGAUUACAGUCCUGGCCUUAAGGGUAAGUAGCAGCUAUUGAUGAAGCCACCCCUGUACCAAAAGUUGCACAUUGUCUCAUUAAAAUGUAGUUAAUUUGCAUGUGUUUUAUUUGCCAGACUUUGUGCAAAACCACUUUAUAUGCAUUAUCUCAUUUAAUACUCUCAAAAACUUUGCAAGGUAGUUGUCCUUAUUUCAUACAUGAGGAGAUUAAGGCUCAGAAAAAUCAAUUAGGUAACUUGCCCAAGAUCACAUGUCAGUAGAUCAGAAUUCCCAACCAGAUCUGCCUAUGUUCUCUUCUACUUAUCUCAGAUAAAUAGCAAAAAUAUUGGCUAUGUUGUGUGUGUGUGUGGUGUGUGUGUGACUGCAGAUGCAUAGACAAUGUCUGAAAGGAUACAUUCCAAUCUUUAACAGUGUCUAUUUCUGGAGAGUGGAACUUCGCCAAGGAAUUCUAUAUUCUGUACUUUUUGGAUUUUUUUUUAAAAGGAAAGAAGUAACUGCAAGAUAGAUUGUGGCUGAGAGUAAAAGGUGGGGCUCAUGCUAUAAGAGCUAGGAGGAGGAAGAGGGUGGACUGGAAUGGAUGAGGAAGACUUCAGAGAGGGUGUGAAAUGAGAAUCAGCUGCAGAGAUUGGGUAGGCUUUGAAUGAGUGCAGAAGGCAACCAAGAAAGUGGAAGAAGAAUGAGGAAAGCCUGAUUAAAAAAUAGUGAGAAGAAAAGCUUAAGUGGAGCUGGCAGUUUUUGCAUGUGAAAUAGAGGAAAACAAGAGUGGGGCCAGACAAUGAAAGCUAGAGGUCCGAUUGGUCUUGAGCCAGGCUUGAGAGUUUGGGAAUUCAUCCAAUAAGUAGUGGGGAGCCAUAGACUGACAGCAGAGGUGAGAGUGGAGGUGUGUAUUAUAAAGGCACAUUUGCAUGGUGUGCUGCUUAGUCUUCACCUACAUGUAUCCUUGGCAAAGAGCAUGAUGGUAGAUUUAGGGGUGUUGAGCUUGCUGAGACUCUGGGAGAAACCAACUUUAAAAUGCAGAUGUAUUUCUUUAAGGUGAGAGAGAUUAUUAUGCUAACUAUAUACCUGGCAUAUAUAAAUGGGGUGGAGAUCCUGAAUGGGAGAUUAAUAACUAUGCGUGUGACCAGGAAAGCAGGAUUAUAAAAUACUUGGGAAGCCUUUUAGAGACAUUGGGUCCAAAGAAGAACUAAGUUAUGCUGUUGUGAAGACCUGGGUAUUCAGACCACCAGAUAAAAGCAAAAUCAGGCAAGGGAAAGCAAAAGGGAACCUAAGAUAUACAGAGAAUAGAGAGGAAUCGAUGUCAGCAAAACUGGGUAAAGGUCUUAAACAUCACAUACCAAAAAUGAUUUUCUGUGGGCAGAACUGAAAGCUUCAGCUGCAUUGUCUGUGAAUAGAAAAGCUUUGACUUGAAACCAAGGUGGGUAGGCAGGAAAUAGGAAAAAGACGUUCAAGGGCCUAGAAGGUUAAGAAAACAAGACAGCAUAAGUGGCCGUUUAAUCCUUUGAACUCACGCUAGGUUAACUGAGUGACAUGAAAGCACAUAUUCUUAAUUUACCUAUUUGAUAUCUGUACCCUAAAACUUUCUCACCCUAGAACAAACUCAGCAGACCAUGGUUCAACCCACCAUCAUUUCUCCCCUAGAUUAUUGCCACAGCUUCUCUCCCUCCUUCCACUUUAACCCGUGGUCUAUUGUCAAGCAGCCAGUUAUGACUUUAUAUUAAAUAUGAGUAAAAUUUUGUUACCCCCCUCCUGAAAACCUCUGAUGGCUUCCCACAUCUCUUGAGUACAAGGCAGAGCCCUUAUGAUGGCUUUUCAUGAUCUGUUCCCACCCCGACUUCAUCUCCUGUUACUGUCCCUUUUGCUUUCUCUCUUCCAGCUACAUUAUUCAACUAGCUGUUCUUGAAGGAUCCAGGCAUGCUCCUGCCUCCAGGAACUCAGUGUUCUCUUUGCAUGGGACAGUCUUUCUCCAGAUAGCCAUGUGACUUGAUCCUCAAUUGUUCAUGUUGCUGCUCAAAUAACAUCUUAUCAACAAGGCCUUCCCUGACUACCCCACAUAAAAUAGAAACAUGUUCUUCCCCCUUACUCCCUACCUCCGGUACUUUUAUUUUUCUCUAUAGCAUUUAUCACCAUUUGACAGAUAUUUAUUGUCUGUCUCCUAUGGCUCCCUUUCUUUAUCUUGUCCCCUUCUUCUGCCCACAUAGAGGAGAGACAGUGGUAUGGUGGUUGAGACUGUAAUUCUGAAGUUAGAUUUCCUGGGUUUGAAUUGCAGCUUCACCACUUGCUACCUGUGAAACCCUGGGCCAAUGACUUAAGUUCUUUGUGUCUCAGUUUUCUCAUCUGUAAUAUGAGGGAAACAAUAGUAGCUUACUCACAGUUUUUUUGAAAAUUAAAUGAACUAAUGUAUGUAAAGCAUCUAGAACAGUGUCUGGUACAUUAAAAGCACUGUAAAUGGCAGUUAUUAUUAAUAUUGUUAUUAGAGUAUAAAUUCCAUGAGACUAGGGACUUUGUUUUGUUUGUAGCUUAUCCCCAGUGCCUAGAAUAGUACCAGGAAUAUGGUGGGUUCUGAAUAAAUAAUUUGCUAAAUGAAUGAGUGGGGUAUGAAAAGUUUUGACAGAAAAAGAUAAUGUGGUCACAGUGGUGGUGAGUCAGCACCAAGAAAAGUUGGAGGGAAAACAUGAACUCAGGGAUCCUGUCUUUUGAGUGAAAACCCUCUCCACUCUUCCUGAGGUGGUCUAUGGAAGUCAACCAAGCCAAAGAUGUUAGAAAUUUGGUAAGAGAAUUAUGUUUGCAGGUCAUCCAGAAGGAUGCUAUCCUACAGCAGUGGGGUUUUUUUUUUUUUCUCCUUGAUAACUAUAACCAAUAAUGGCAAUAUGAAUUUAAUGACUUUUCUUUUAGUUGUAGUGUGGUCAGUGUCCACUUGUAAUGUAAGUACCUUAUCCUUAGUUUUUAAAAUUUUGCAAUGCAUGCCAAUCCCUAGAGAUAGUGUAGUUAUUUUUACGGUGAAUUACAAUAAUUUUACUGAAAAUCAAAAUGAAAACAUUUUUAAACUAUAGGUCAUGACCCAGAUGUAGGUCAUGAAAUCUAUGUGGUGGGCAGUGACCGGGUUUUUUUUUUAUGAAAUAAGAUUUAAAAAAUAAUAAUAUAUAUCACAGAAGGUAAGGAUACAUAGUGUUUUGUAGAAUUAUUAUUUCAGUCAUUUGUGUGUGAGUGUGUGUGUCUCACACGUGCACAAACAUACAUUCAUAUGCACAGGUAUAUGUGUUCUAAGUCACAGUAUAAAAUGUUUCUUACUGAGAGUCCUGGUCAAAAAAGUUUGAAAGCCUCUGCCCAGCAAUGGUGCUUGGAAAUCACUAAGUCACGUAAUUAUUUUUCUUUCAGAAAAUUGCCUUCAUUAAUUACUAUCCUGGUUAAGAUUGUUCAUAAGCUAAGUGGUCAUAGAUAUUUGUGUCUUUAUUAGCACUCAUUUUACAUACAGUUGCCCACUCUCCAUGCUCGAGGAGCUUCAAAGAGAAACAAUUUCCAAGAAAUUAAAGGGCAAAAAAGAGCUCAAACUCUACCUGUUUAAAAAUAUUAGAACUAAUAUUUCCUUCAUUUUAAUAUCUCUGAGCCAAGACCACUCCACUUGACUACUUUCUGAUUUUUUUGCCUCAGUGUUUAGAUCACUGGGAUAUUCAUUUAAUCUUUCAAUAAAAUUUAUAAGAAAAAUAACAAUAGUGGUAAUUUAUACUACUUUACGGUUUACCAAGCUGCCAGCUUCUUUGUGCUCUUUAUCCAUGGUCUUAUUUUAUCUCUAUAUCAACCUAGACAGAUAGGCAAGGUUGGUUCUGGCAUUCCUGUUUUACAGGUUGAGUAAAUUAAGGCUCAAAACGUGAAGCCCAGGGCUGCGGAGGGAGUAGCUGGAGGAUCAGUCUCAACCCCAGCUCUUCCCCACUCCAAACCUGGAUCUCUUUCCUCCACACUUCACCUUACUGGAGGGACUCAGCGUCUCCCCCAAGUGCAUUUCUUUGGCUUCUCAUUCUGUCGUUUUAUCUUGCCCUCCCUCUUCCAUUUUCUUUCCCUUUUGUCCUUGAUGCUUAGUGUCAUCUGUGACCACUUGGGCCCAAAGUGCUUGUUUACUUCCAUUCAACUAAAAACUUACUAUGAGUCUAGUAUCUUGCCAUUCAAAUGGAAACCCAGUGUAUUCAAGCUGAUUUAUUUGAGUGGAUUCAUUCAGGAUGAUCAAAUGGCCCCUUCCUUCAAUAAAACUGGGUGUCCAAGGGGGUUGUUUUGUUUCUGUUUUCGUUCCUAUAUUAUCUGCAUAAGUAUUUGUGUGGUCCUUAUCAUUAAUCAUGCAUUCAUGUUCCUCAUUAGACAAAGUGACUGAUUUUGGUAUAAAUACUCCCAUUGCCUGCCAGCAGAAAAUAUUUUCUACAUUUUAAUAUUUUUUUCUCCGCAAAUUAUUUUUUAGAUUUUGGGAUUUCCAGAAGAAGAGAUCAAGGGGGUAUUAUCAAGAAUAGAUUCUUUUUCUGAAUAGUUAAGCUUAAAUGGCCACAGCCUUGGCCCUUCAGACUCCAGAGAUGCAAGAGGGACUUAUGGCAGUGAAAGUAAAAGAGGAAGAGGGGGACCAUGCCUGUGGGCAAGAAGCUGGCCUAUCAAGAGAUACUAACCCUCAUACCAGAGAGAUCUUUCGUAGACGCUUCAGGCAUUUCUGCUAUCAGGAGACACCUGGGCCCCGAGAGGCUCUUCGAAGACUCCAGGAGCUCUGCCGGCAGUGGCUGAGACCGGAGGUGAACAGCAAGGAGCAGAUCCUGGAGCUGCUGGUGCUGGAGCAGUUCCUGACCAUCCUGCCCGAGGAGCUCCAGGCCUGGGUGAGAGAGCACCGCCCAGGGAGUGGAGAGGAGGCCGUAACUGUGCUGGAGAAUUUGGAGAGAGAGCUGGAUGAGCCAGGAGAGCAGGUCCUAGCCCAUGAUCAUGAACAGGAAGAGCUUGUGAAGGAGAAAUCAACUCCAGGAGCAGCCCAGGAGUUGUCAAGUGGCCAGCUCCAAACCUCGGAAGAGCAGCGUCGGUAUAACUUCCAAGAGGUGUGCCCGGUUCAGGAGAUUGAUGAUGAGGCUGGAACUUGGAAUGUGGAGUUAGCCCCAAAGAUGGAGCUUUCUAAAGAAAUUAAAUCUCUUGUGGAAGUACCUGGAAAACUGAAUGGUGACAUCAUUCAGAUGCCUGAAUGUGGAGAGACCUGUGACCACGAGGGCAGACUGGAAAGGCAACGGGUAAGCUCUUCAGUGGAGAGACCCUAUAUCUGUGGUGAAUGUGGAAAAAGCUUCACCCAGAAUUCCAUCCUUAUUGAGCACCAGAGAACGCACACAGGUGAGAAGCCCUAUGAGUGUGAUGAGUGUGGGCGGGCCUUCAGCCAGCGUUCAGGCCUGUUCCAGCACCAGAGACUCCACACCGGGGAAAAGCGCUACCAAUGCAACGUUUGUGGUAAAGCCUUCAGCCAGAACGCUGGGCUGUUCCAUCACCUCAGGAUCCACACUGGGGAGAAACCUUACCAGUGCCAGCAGUGCAGUAAGAGCUUUAGUCGACGUUCUGUCCUCAUUAAGCAUCAGAGGAUUCACACUGGAGAAAGACCUUAUGAAUGUGAAGAAUGUGGCAAGAACUUCAUUUACCACUGCAACCUCAUCCAGCAUCGGAAAGUCCACCCUGUGGCUGAAUCCAGCUAGCUCCUUGAAACAGAGUUUCUUUGCCUGCAGAUCAUUGCUUUGAUCACGACCAUUCACUCUGAGUAAAUAUGUUCUUAGUUUGGAGUUGAUGUCUGUUAACAAUGAUGUGUUAUGCCUCGGCGCCAGCAUGAAGCACUCCUACUACUGCAAUAAGCCAGGUUUCUGAGCUGUUUCACCCAGGAAUGAAUUCAGUUCAGCCCUUUUGGGCUGCAGAAGAACAGAAGGAAUGUCAAAUAGUUAAAAUUUAGCCUGCACAGAACUGGAGCUUCUGGCCAGGAGUUCUUCAGACAAAGCUAGGAGGAUUCUUUUGAGCUUCCAGAGUCCAGCUCCAGGCUCUUUGCCAUCACUGGCUGAGACCAGAGAUAGACAGCAAGGAACAAACACAUCUUGGAACUGCUGGUACCAGAGCAGUUCCUGACCAUCCUGCCCAGAGCUCCAGGCUUGAGUGCAGGAGCAGCCCAGAGUCUAGGGAGGAGGCUGUUACUGUACUGGAGGUGCUUGGAGAGGAAGCUGGCUAAUCCAGGAGGAAAGGUGAGAUAAGGAAGAAAUGAUCUAUUAUCAGAAAGCAGGCAUUUUCUCCAGAGAGAGAUAACAGAGUUGAGAUCUUCUCUCAAAUACAGCGAGAAAAAUGGCUAAUGCACAUUGUAGAGUUAUGUUCCCUGUGUAUUAUCCUCUCUGUCCUUUUAUGCCCUGCCCUUGCGGAUUAAGGGAAACUGCUUUCUGUCCUCCCAUCCUGUGUUCCAUAUUAAUAUUGGGAUCUUAAGCUCUAGAACCCUCAGCAGAUAUCACCCUGGUUAAACUGUGUCUAAUUGUCCCCAGGUCCUAGCCCUCCUACAGGGUUAGGAAGUACCCUAAGGGCCAAUAGUUUAUCUGGCAGCAGCAGAGAACUCACCUGGGGUCUAGCUCCAGCCAGUAAAGGGUCAGCUCAACUCUGAAGCUUGGGAGCUGCACCCUAUUCAGGAGAAAAGUGAGGAGGAGAUUGUCCUGGGCAAAAGAUAGCAAAUGCAGGUGGCUUUUUGCAUUUUCCAAAUGAACCUCAUCAUGAAAAUCUUUGCUUAUCUUUCAAUUGACCUCUAAAGCCUGUUCCACAGCAUAUCAUUUUAACCUCAGUUAUGAUUCUUUUCUUCCUUCACUUUUUUGAAUUAAAAUUAUUGAAAAAUCCUGCUAUUUCAUAUCACAUAGUUCAGUUUCUCUAUUCUAGCCUGAUGCCGCCAGCUUCUCUGACCUGGACCUCUUAGUCUAAAGGCAGGAGAACAUUUUUCUGCAUUGAAGCCAACAGAAAACUACUCAGGGCUACAUGCAAUGGAGAAAUGUUAGAAUGUACAUUUUUUUAAAUGAGUGUAGGAAACAAAACUUUAUUUAGUAAGUGCAUGCUUAUUGGAAAAGCACACAUCCAUACCCAAAUAUAAUUAUACUGUAUAUAUCAACUACCACUAUUUUUAUGUUUAAUAUUACAUUAUGGACAUCUUUCCAAGAGUGUUACAUGGAAUAUAUACAUAUGGCUGACAUAUAUUUCACUGUAUGGGUAUCAAAUUAUUUUUAAACUAACCCUAGAGGUUUUUUAAUUGAUGUGUCCGCACCCAGGAUCUGAACCGGCGAAAGCCUGGGCAGGAAGCAGAGCAUGUGAACCCAACCACUCGGCCACGGGGCUGGCCCCUUUUGUUUGUUUUUUUCAAUACUGCCAACUAAAAGCCAUAAAUCCUUUUAUCUUUUUUCUAUAUAAGCCUAUAUAAAAGUAGAUUUGUAUAGUGAAUCUCCAUGAAUCGCCUAGUUUCAACAUUAUCAAAUGAUGGCCAGUCUUUUCUCAUUUAUAGCCCUACUCACUUCCCAUGUUAUUUUUUACAUAUAAUUUUGAAGUACAUCUCAUACCAUAUUCUUUCAAAUGUAAAUAUUUCAUUAUGUACUCUAAAAGAUGACUUCUUGAAGGCAUAACUAAAAGACAUGAACUUUUUAACAUAACCAUAAUGCUGUUACCAUGCCUAAAAAAAUUAACAAUUUCUUAAUAUCAAAUUUCCACUCGUCUCAAAGAUGUCAUAAACUUUUUAAUUUGUUUUCUUUUUCAGCUCAUUUGAGUCAAGAUCCCAAGAAGAAAAUGCGUUGUGAUUGGUUGAUAUGUCUCUUAGGUUUAUUUUAAUAAAUGGGUCCCCCUUCCUUCUUUUCUCCCCCUUGCAACUCACUUAUUAAAGAAAUUAAGUUGUUUGUCCUAUAUAGUUUCCCACAAUCUGGGUUUUGCUGCUUGCGUCUUGUGCUGUAGUUUAACAUGUUCUGUUGUCCUCUCUGUUUUCUAUAAAUUGUAGCAAAUCUACAGGCUUGACCAAAAUCAAAUUUAAGGUUUUGGGGCAAGACAAGUUUAACUUGGCAAGCUGGUGUUCUGUCUGGAGCCUAUAAUGUCUGAUUGUUUCUUUUUCUGUGAUGUUAUCAGCUUUUGAUCCUCAAUACCUACAUCUAGUAAUUCAUUAGAGGAUCCCAAAGUGAUGAUAUUCUUAUUCUGUCAUUCUUUCUUCACUUAAUAAAGCUGGAAUAUUUAUAU